GACACGUCUGGGGGAUUUUGUCGGGAGAAUCCACUCCUUUAGGUAUGUCAUACCUGACAUCACCAGGAUGGUGAAGAGCCACGCCUUCACCACCGGGCAGCACGAAUUCCAAGUGUUUGUGUUGCCCUCUGACAGAGACACUAGACACAACCUCGGGUUAUUCCUGAAGCUAUCUUCAGGACACCCCACCGUUGUCAAUGUGAGAUUCAAGAUAACAUAUGGUACCUUCUACAACAACCUGGAGGGGAAGAUGAACUUCAGAGCAGGUGAAGUGAAGGGGUGGAGCGAUGCAGUGCAGGCUGAGGUGUUGGACCAGGCCGACGUCCAUGCUAACCUGGAGCUGAACAUUGUGAUUCAGCACUACUUGUCUUAGGCAUUGCCACCAUGUCGAAUGUCACAUUAGAGCUGUGUAACUAAAUGUAUUUUAGGUGCAAGUACAGGUACACAGCUUUAGGUACAGGUCCGGACCUAAAAAUGUACCUAAACGAGUUUGAUCAAUUAUCUGUAAGUUAUAAAUAUAGCAAACUGUCUUUUAUAGUGAGAAAUUGUCAUCUUUGAAUGAAGAAUUUCAUAUUUAAGCCUCAAAAUGAAGUUUCCUUAAUUUUCAACUGCAAGAUUAUCUCAAUUGUCAUCGUUGAUUCUGGGUUUACCUAUCUGAAGUCUUAAAAGUGGUGUCCAUUUAAUGCUUUUAUUAGUUUAGGUACAGGUACACAAAUGUUUAGGUCCGGACCUGUACCUAAACAGUUUUACAGAUACGGUACAGGUACGGGUAUUUGGUAUGUAUUUUUAUAGCCUCAUUUCAUACUUGUCAUUGGCCAUUUAUGCCACCACCCAUACAUACAUAUUUUGAUUGUUUUUUUAUUUUUUAUUAGCAUAG